AUGGUAGCCGUGGACCAUAGGGGGCUGCCGGAGGGGACACGCCCCCAGCCACGUCGUUCCUCCAAGUCGGCCGAGCGAAGGCCCCACCAGGAACGUCCUCGGCAGUCCCGUAAAAAGCUCCAGGUGAUCAUCUGCGUCCUGCUGGUAGAACUGUGUGAGAGGUUCACCUUCUUCGGCAUUGUCUGUAACAUGAUCCUGUUCUGCACUGUGAAGCUGGGCUAUGACAACCACCAGGCUGCCACUGUUAACCUGUGCUUUGUGGGAGCCAGCACCCUGACUCCUGUCCUAGUGGGAUGGUUGGCUGAGACCUGCUUGGGCAGGACCAAGGUCCUCUACCUCUGUGCUUUACUCCACUUUUUCGGCACUGCCAUGCUGCCAGUGGUUGCCUUCCCAUUCGAGGACUUCUACAUUGACACGCACCACAUGACCCACCAUCUGGAACCUCAUGAGCAGCAGAUCCUGUUCUACACGGGCUUGCUGGCUGCCGCGCUCGGCAUCGGGGGCAUUAGAGCCAUCCUCUGUCCCAUGGGGGCCUACCACCUGCAGGGCUACGAUCAGCACCAGCUCCUUUCUUUCUUCAACUGGUUCUACUGGCUGGUGAACCUGAACUCCACAGUGGUGUUCCUGGGUAUUGCCUACAUCCAGCAGUCUGUGGCCAGGAACCUGGGCUUCCUCAUCCCCUUCACCUCCGUCCUGCUAGCUUUGUUGGCCAUCCAUAUGGUCCGCAACAACCUCACUUUCAAGCCCAAGAAAGGCAGUUCUCUGCUCACCACGCUGGGUGUGUUCCUGAACUCUCUGAAGAUGUGCUGCCUGCGGCGCCACCACCUGGGAGGAGAUGAGGGCAGUUGGCUGGAUCGGGCCAAGGAGAACAACGGAGGCUGCUACAGUGAGACCCAUGUGGAGAACGUCAAGGUGUUGGCUCGUCUCUUCCCCCUCUAUGGCCUCCAGCUCCUCUAUCGAGCCUGCAUCACUCAGAUUCCCUCAGGUUACUACAUUCAGACCAUGAACUCUAACCUGCACCUGAAUGGCUUCCUGCUGCCCAUAGCGGCCAUGAACGUGAUCAGCAUCCUGCCUCUGCUGCUGCUGGCCCCGCUUAUAGAGUGUGUGACCACCUGUUAUCUUACCAUGGAGAAAACACCACUGGGCCCAGCACAAGUUAUAACUCUGGGCCACGCAUGUGCAGCCUUAUCUAUGUUGGUGGCAGGCAUUUUGGAGAUACACAGGAAGGGCUAUCCCUUGGUGGAGCAGGCCUUGUCAGGGAAAGUGAUCCAGGUGUCUUCCAUGGCCUGCUUCCAGCUGGCUCCUCAGUACAUCCUGCUGGGCCUAGCCGAGGCCCUGGUCACCCCUGCCUGUUCUCUAAUUUCCUUCCACCUGACCCCCAGCCACAUCAGAGGCAUUUCCCUGCACUUCCUCACUCUGUCAUACGGAGGGGGCUGUUUCCUAGGUGCCCUCAUCAUUCAGCUGGUUUAUUUGCUCUCUGGGGGUAACUUCUACCCUAACACACUGCAUGAUGGGAACUUGGAGAGAUUCUUCUUCUUCCUGGCUACUCUGAUGGCCAUCAACACCCUGGUGUUCUGGUGGAUCUCAUAUAGGUACAAGGAUCUGAGCGUGGUGCACGGCAGAGCGAUGGGCUGCAGCUUGCUAGCGGAGAAGCUACAACGCUACAAGACCUGCCUGCGUUACUAUGACACCAUGGAACGUUCCUACACCACUGCCUCCAUUGAAAGUAUUUUGUAA